GCAAUUCCCCCAUUUUCAUUUCACUCCUCCCUUCUCUCUUCUCUCUUCUCUCUCAAAUGCUCGCCGGACUUCCUUCUCCGGCCAACUCUUUACCACCAGUCUAAAUGUUGCACUGAGUUUCGAGUUUCACACACUUGUUUCCGUGAGUAAACAGUUUAAGAGUGUCGGUGAUAUAUGCGAGGCGAAAAUGCGAGAAGCACUGCUAUGUGAAUCCCCAAGCGUCAGCGACGUCGUAUUGUGCGCCAAGAAGAAGCGUUCAGACCACGAGGAGGACGCGCCGCCGCAGCUGGUCGUUGCGGCCCCGGCGCUGUCCAUAGGCCGUAGCCGCUCGCAGGCCGGCACUCGCCGCGUCACUCCGACGACGGCUGCUGCGGCGGAGGAGUCGAGCAUCGAGAGGUUUCUCCCCAACGGGGAUCUCUACAUCGGGAGCUUCGCCGGGUCUGCCCCGAACGGAUCCGGUAAGUACCUCUGGACUGACGGCUGCAUGUACGAAGGAGAGUGGCGGAAGGGCAAGGCCUCGGGAAAAGGGAAGUUCUCGUGGCCGUCGGGCGCGACUUACGAGGGCGAAUUCAAGUCGGGUCGGAUGGAAGGGUUCGGCACAUUUAUCGGAUCCGACGGGGACACGUACCGCGGGUCGUGGUCGGCGGAUCGGAAGCACGGGAUGGGCCAGAAGCGCUACGCCAACGGCGAUUUCUACGAGGGAUCGUGGAAGCGGAACCUCCAGGACGGCCAGGGGAGGUACGUGUGGCAGAACGGGAACGAGUACGUCGGGGAAUGGAAGGCCGGAGUUAUUUCGGGUCGGGGCGUUUUGAUUUGGGCCAAUGGGAACAAGUACGACGGUCAGUGGGAGAAUGGAGUCCCCAAAGGUAACGGAAUAUUCACGUGGCCGGACGGGAGCUGCUACGUCGGGUGUUGGAACAAGGAUUUGAAGAUUCAGCAGCUUAACGGGACGUUUUAUCCGGCAAACGGCGGGAAGGAGCAGAGCUUCGACGACAUUGGGCCGUUCGCGGCGGAGAAUUUGACGAUUACGAUGAGGAAAAGGUCAUCGGUGGACGGGAGUAGGGGGAGCUUGGCGGAGAGGACGUUUCCGAGGAUUUGUAUUUGGGAGAGUGACGGUGAGGCUGGGGAUAUUACUUGUGAUAUUAUUGAUAAUGUGGAGGCUUCUAUGUUCUACCGGAACGGGGCCGGUUUCGAUCGGGACUCUCUUAUGCAGUUCAAGAGGAGUCCCUGUUGCUUUUCCGGGGAGCCGAAGAAACCCGGGCAGCCUAUUUCGAAAGGGCACAAGAACUAUGACUUGAUGCUCAAUCUUCAACUGGGGAUUAGGUACUCCAUUGGGAAGCAUGCUUCUAUAGUGCGGGACCUUAAACCCAGUGAUUUUGAUCCAAAGGAGAAGUUCUGGACCAGGUUUCCGCCGGAGGGAUCCAACAAAACGCCGCCUCAUCAAUCGUUUGAGUUCAGGUGGAAGGACUACUGUCCUAUGGUGUUCAGGCGUUUGAGGGAGUUAUUCCAAGUAGAUCCUGCAGAUUAUAUGCUGGCUAUUUGUGGAAAUGAUGCUCUUAGGGAGCUUUCUUCUCCAGGGAAGAGCGGCAGCUUCUUUUACCUUACUCAGGAUGAUAGAUUCAUGAUUAAGACGGUCAAGAAAUCAGAAGUCAAGGUGCUAAUAAGGAUGCUUCCAAGUUAUUAUAGACACAUGUCUCGGUAUGAAAAUUCUCUUGUGACCAAAUUCUAUGGGGUGCAUUGUGUCAAACCUGUUGGCGGACAGAAGACAAGGUUUAUAGUGAUGGGCAAUUUGUUCUGCUCGGAAUAUAGAAUACAUAGACGAUUUGACCUGAAAGGAUCAUCCCAUGGUAGAACAACUGAUAAGCCCGAGGGGGAAAUUGAUGAAAUUACAACCCUGAAGGACCUUGAUCUUAAUUUUGUGUUUCGCCUGCAAGGAAAAUGGUACCAGGAGCUUAUGAAGCAAAUUGAUCUAGAUUGUGAAUUUUUGGAAGCGGAGAGAAUCAUGGAUUAUAGUCUUUUGGUUGGACUUCAUUUUUACGAUGGCAAUACGUAUGACAAAAUGGCGCUAUCACCUUUUCUCUUGCGCUCUGGCCAAAAGGAUUCAUUUCAGAAUGAGAAGUUUAUGCGCGGGUGUCGGUUUCUUGAAGCUGAGCUACAAGACAUGGAUCGAGUUUUAUCUGGCCGGAAAUCUCGGAUCUGCUUAGGAGCCAACAUGCCUGCAAGGGCAGAGCGGAUGGCUCGAAGGAGUGACUUCGAUCAGUACACCCCUGGUGGGUUCAGUCAUUUGACCCCUUCACGCAGCGGUGAAAUCUAUGAUGUAGUUCUCUACUUCGGGAUAAUAGACAUUUUACAAGACUACGAUAUCAGCAAAAAGUUAGAACAUGCAUAUAAAUCCUUGCAAGUUGACCCAACUUCAAUAUCAGCUGUGGAUCCCAAGCUUUACUCAAAGAGGUUUCGGGAUUUCAUUGGAAGAAUUUUCAUUGAAGACAGGUAAUCAGCAAAACGGCGAAUUUCCAAGUGGAAACUAGUGCUGGUGCAUUAAGAAGAUUCAUGGGUUGAUCCUCUUUCCAGAACAAGGCUCAAGAGUUGAAGCAUGACUUGAGUGGGGUUCAGAGACUGAACCAAUGCAACUGUGGUGAAACCCCAAAGCUUGGUGGUGGGUUGUCGUCGGGGGGAUCCCUAUGGCUGAAUUUUGAAAGACACAGCCAAGGUGUUUUGGUUCUGGCAGGGGGUGGGUGCUUGUACAUUCUUCAAGGUAGAGAGGAAAGGUUUAAGUUAUGGGGUUCUGGGUUUUCUUUCUUUUUAAUUUAUUUAUUUCUUCCUCUAGGUGAAAUUUUGUGGUAUCAAGGAAUGUGAAGAUUUGAAAGAUAGGUAUAGGGAACAGAUGAAUAUGUUUCCCAGAGAGAAGAUUCAAAAAAAUGGGGGUAGGAGACUUGGAAUAACAAAAAGUGUACAGGUUUAUAGAAAAGGGUUGGAUAGCUUAUGGAAUUCAAUGGAAUUUUAUGUGAUAUUUUGAACAAGAAAAGGAAAAAAGAAAUGUUUGAAUC